GACCAAGGCUGUUUUUAAUCGGGUUUGAUGAACACGAAAUUUGAAAAAGAAAGAGAAGUCGCUCCAGUCCAUGUGAUCACAGUGAUGUUGUUGACAGCUUGACUAUUUUGUAAAAAAUGAAGGUUUUGGAAUUGUACAGUGGAAUAGGUGGAAUGCAUUGCGCUUUAAAAGACAGUGGUAUACCUCACAAGGUAGUAGCAGCCAUCGAUGUGAAUACAACUGCAAACAAGAUUUACAAACACAACUUUCCUGGAACCAAGUUAAUGGAUUGUGGAAUAGAGUCACUAACUGCCAGAAAGCUUGAUGAGAUGAAGAUCAACAUGAUUUUGAUGAGUCCUCCAUGUCAACCAUUCACUAGAGUUGGUAAGAAACUGGAUGCUGAAGACAUUAGAACCAGCUCAUUCCUUCAUCUGUUGUCCUUACUUCCAAGGUUAAACAACUGCCCAAAGUACAUCCUUGUUGAAAAUGUGAAAGGCUUUGAAGAAUCUGACACUUGCCUGAAGUUACGUGAAACAUUAAGGGAAUGCAACUUUGCAUAUCAGGAGUUUAUGCUUUCACCACUCCAGUUUGACAUUCCCAAUUCGAGACUACGGUAUUACCUCAUAGCUAAAAGAGCACCUUUAAAGUUUUCUUUUGAAACUUCAGCAGAGAUUUUGACUUUUCUGCCAGAGGAAAAUCACUUGAAAUAUGUGCCAGGAAAAAGUGAGGAAGGUCAGUUUUCCACAAUGUAUAUCGCCUGUGAUACAUCACAAAACAAUGUUUCUGAUAAAGAUGAAAGUAAAUAUGAGUGUACAACCAAAAAUACUGACCUAGAACAAUCUAACAAAGCAGAGGAAAAACAUACAAAAAACUUGCUGCAUGGUACUUCUCAGGGAAAUAGUGCUGCAAAAUGUCCAAUCUGCAGGGAGCAGUGUCUACAGACAAUGGGGCACAACAUGAGACAGAUAACAGAAGACGACUCCGAUCAUUAUCCCAACUGCUGUCCUGUGUUGAAUUUCCUAGAGGACAAACCCCCAGACUUUUUUGAUUCCUUUUUGUUGACCAAGAAAGAGCUGAAGAGGUUUCUUGUCAUGGACAUUGUUUUCCCAUGUUUGAAAAAGACAACAUGCUUCACUAAAAGAUAUGGUCAUUUUAUGGAAGGGGCGGGGUCCAUUUUCCAAAUGUCUCAGAAUAUUUAUAAUAUGAAAGAAGCCAGUGAAUUAAAAGAUAGAACUCAAGAACUGAAGAACAGAGCUGAUUGGACAGAUGAGGAUUAUGAGGUGUUGUCAAGGUUACGACUGCGUUACUUCACUCCCAGAGAGAUAGCCAACUUCCUGUGCUUUCCAUCUACUUAUGAUUUUCCUACGGAUUUAUCUCGAAUUCAGCUGUAUAGGACUUUAGGUAAUAGUCUGAAUGUCCAUGUGGUAUCUGCUCUUAUACAAUUAAUGGUUAAAAAUCCAGAAUAAUGAAAACAAUGGAAUUCUGAAACCAGAUCCACUCAUUAUGUACAAUAUGAUACAUAGAACAUUUUAACUCUGGAAGAGAAAAAAUCUUCAGAUUUAUUACAAAAUCAUAAGAAAUAAACAUAUUUUUAGUUACAUGUACAAGAUCAAAAUAUGUUUAACUGUAAAUUAAACAGUAAAUUCUGAAAA